AUGGUCGCCCAAGACUUCGAGGCCGUCCUCAAGGGCAAGUACCCGGCCAAGGCGCACGCCCGGCGCGUGCUCGACAUCCUCCGCCAGAAGGCGCCCAAGGCCGGCAGCGGCGUCUUCUACCUCGAGAGCACCCGGACCAAGCUGCAGGAGGACAAUGACUCUCCGGAGCACUUUAGGCAGCGCCGCUUCUUCUACUACCUCACCGGGUGCAACAUGGCCGACUGCUCCGUCGCCUACGACGCCGCCGCCGACAAGCUGAUCCUCUUCAUCCCGCCCAUCGACCCCGACGACGUCAUCUGGUCCGGCCUGCCCGUCAGCAUCGACGACGCCCUCGCGCGCUGGGACGUCGACGAGGUGCGCUACACCAACGAGGUCAACGCGACGCUCACGCAGCUCGCCUCGCGCGCCGGCGCCGACGCCACCGUCUUCGCCCUCGCCGGCCAGGUCUCCGACGACGUCACCUUCCUCGAGUUCGCGCACAAGGACUUUGACGCCCUCAAGCCCGCCGUCGAGACGGCCCGCGUCGUCAAGGACGAGUUCGAGGUGGCCAUGAUCCGCAAGGCCAACCACAUCUCCAGCCUCGCCCACAAGGCCGUCAUCCAGCGCGCCCGCUCCGCCCGUUACGAGCGCGAGCUCGAGGCCGCCUUCCUCGAGCGCUGCGUCGCCCACGGCGCAAAGGAGAUGGCCUACCACCCCAUCCUCGCCGGAGGCAAGGCCGCCGCCACGCUGCACUACGUCGACAACAACGCGCCGCUCGAGGGCAAGCAGAACGUGCUGAUUGACGCGGGCGCCGAGUGGGAGAAUUACGCCUCGGACAUUACGCGCACGUUCCCCUUGUCGGGCAAGUUCACCAAGGAGUCGCGCGACAUCUACGACAUCGUCUACAAGAUGCAGCAGGACUGCACCGACAUGAUCAAGGCGGGCAUGCUCUGGGACGACAUCCACCUGCACGCGCACAAGAUCGCCAUCGCCGGCCUGCUGGCGCUCGGCAUCCUGCGCGGCGACGCCAGCGAGAUCCUGGCCGCGCGCACCAGCGCCGCCUUCUUCCCCCACGGCCUGGGCCACUACCUCGGCCUCGACACGCACGACGUCGGCGGCAACCCCAACCGCGGCGACAAGGACGCCCUGUUCCGCUACCUGCGCCUGCGCGGCGUCAUCCCCGCCGGCAGCGUCGUCACCGUCGAGCCCGGCGUCUAUUUCUGCGAGUUCAUCAUCCGGCCGUACCUCGACGACCCUGUCCACAGCAAGUUCAUUGACGCGGCGGUGCUGGACCGCUACUGGGACGUUGGCGGUGUCCGCAUCGAGGACAACAUCCUCGUCACCGAGACGGGCUACGAGAACCUCACGACGGCCAUCAAGGAGGCCGCUGAGAUUGAGGCCACCGUUGCCUCGGGCUAG